CUGGUGGUCCCUGAGCAGCCUCCCAGCAGAGAGAAACCCUUCAGGUGCUUGGAAUGUGGGAAGAGCUUCAGGCAGAGCAGCCACCUCCUCAUCCACCAGCACAUCCACACUGGGGAACGGCCCUACACGUGUGGGGAAUGUGGGCAGAGCUUCAAUGACAACUCCAACCUGAUCCGACACCACCGCAUCCACACUGGUGAGAGGCCCCACAUGUGUGGGGAAUGCGGGAAGAGCUUCAGGGACAACUCCACUCUGAUGCUGCACCAGCGCAUCCACACUGGUGAACGACCCUACCCGUGUAAGGAAUGUGGGAAGAGCUUCAAUGACAGCUCCCACCUGAUCCGACACAAGCGCAUCCACGCCAGGGAACGGCCCUACACCUGUGGGGAAUGUGGGAAGACGUUUCGGACCAGCUCAGAUCUCCUCAGGCAUGAGCGGACACACACGGAUGAGAGGCCCUUCUGCUGCACCGACUGCGGGAAGGGCUUCAACCAGCACUCCCACCUUGUCGUGCACCGACGCAUCCACACCGGUGAGAGGCCGUACAUGUGUGGGGAGUGUGGGAAGAGCUUCACCCAGAGCUCUAAGUUGACCAGACACCAACAGACCCACCGCAGGGAGAAGCCCUUCAGGUGCUUGGAAUGUGGGAAGAGCUUCAGGAGGAGCACCCACCUCCUCACCCACCAGCUCAUCCACACUGGGGAACGACCCUACACGUGUGGGGAAUGUGGGAAGAGCUUCAGGAGCAGCUCCAGCCUGAUCCAACACCUGCACAUCCACACUGGGGAAAGUCCCUACCUCUGUGAGGAAUGUGGGAAGAGCUUCAGGCAGAGCUCCAACCUCCUCACCCACCUGCACAUCCACACUGGGGAAAGUCCCUACCUCUGUGAGGAAUGUGGGAAGAGCUUCAGGCAGAGCUCCCACCUCCUCACCCACCAGCGCAUCCACACUGGGGAACGGCCCUACAUGUGUAGGGAAUGUGGGAAGAGGUUUCAGAGCAGCUCCAAUCUCCUGAAGCACCAGCAGACGCACACGGAUGAGAGGCCCUUCCGCUGCACCAACUGUGGGAAGGGCUUCAACCAGAACUCCACCCUCAUCACCCACCAGCGCAUCCACAGCGGGGAGAGGCCCUACAAGUGUGGGGAGUGUGGGAGGAGCUUCACCCAGAGAUCGCAUUUGACCAGACACCAACAGACGCACUGAUGAUGGAAGCCCUGUGAGUGCCCCAACUGCGGGAAGAGCUUCGGCCGUAGGACUGACGUUUUUGAGUAUCUGCACU